GGUGAUCCCCUGUCGCCUACAAGGGAACUUUCUGUUGGUUGUUAGUUGUGACUGAACCGGUUUCCUCUUUGCUCUGCCCACGUCUGUUCUCUUCUUUUUUUCCAAAAUUUCUAGAUUAGCAAUGAACGAACUCAUGUGGUGAGCCUUUUGCUUCGUUGAAGCCAUGUAUCGCAGGUUUAUAGCACCACUGCUGGCAGUCUUUUGCUUCUUACUUGUCGUUACGAGUCUUUAUCUUAGGCGUGAUCACCUUACUUGGCGCUCGAGUUCUUACACUCCUGUACAGCAAGACGAGGUAGAGAAAGGCCCUAGUCUGAAAUCAACGGCAACAGUCACUACAAAAAGUGCUAAGAUUCAAGAGAGCACUUCGCAUACGCCAACUCCAACUGCAACCUCACUCUUAACUCCAACGAUCUCAAAUGGUACUAUACUGUCUGCUGAGCGUAUAUCACCUUACAUCUCAGCUAUACUCAAUCCAUCAUCAACGGUUCUCCCCCUUCUAGAAUGCCCUGUUCUAAACGUCAACCGUUACAAGAUCCUUCAGGGAUCGCGACACGGAGAUGAGGUUCAAGACCCGCAAAUUGACUAUUUCUUCGCUCUCAACCUACGAGACUGUAUAGGCAUUCUUCCUCGCUUGAUGGACAGCAUCGUUGAAGCUGUUCGCUUCCUCGGACCUCAUCGAUGCGCAUUGUCUAUUGUUGAAGGAAACUCACCUGACGGGACUUCCGAUGUACUUUCAGCUCUGAAACCCUUCCUAGAAGAUAUCGGUCUGGUCUAUUUCUACAACAGUUCCAAGAUCAACCCAGCACAAGGAAAUGCACGCAUCCGCAAACUUGCCCAACUACGCAACCUAGCCCUCACUCCUCUUUACAAAGAACAAGUGAAAGUCACAGACGACACAACAGUCCUUUUCAUCAACGAUGUAUCCGCCUGCGCAGAAGAUAUUCUCGAACUCGCUCUUCAGCGACACAGUCUCAACGCAGACAUGACUUGCGCUAUGGACUGGACUUAUGUUGGACCCGAUCCAACCUUUUACGACAUCUGGAUAGCCCGUACAAUAUCAGGAGACUCGUUCUUCGAAGUUGGCUCGGACGGGAAUUGGAAUUCUGCGUGGAACCUUUUCUGGAGCGCCCCUGAUACUCGCGCAAGAUAUUAUGCAAAACAGCCUUUUCAAGUUUUCGCCUGCUGGAACGGGGCUACAGCGUUUACUGCAGCGCCAUUGUUACAUGGUCUUCGGUUUCGAGAUACUCGCAAAGGAGAGUGUUUUCAGGGCGAACCCCAGUUGUUUUGUAAGGAUAUGUGGUACAGGGGUUUCCGCAAGAUUGCAGUUGUGCCGAGUGUGAAUCUUGAGUAUUCUGAUGAGAAGGCCGCGGAUAUAAAGAAGUUGAAGGGCUAUGUGUCGGGCAUAGUUGAAGGUCAAGAAGAUAGCGCGAUAGAUUGGGUAUUUGAUCCACCAGAGCAGGUGAGAUGUAUGCCAACUUGGGAUAAACAGUCCUGGAGACCCUGGAACGAGACACUGUAAUGAUAGAAAGAGCUAGACGACAAUUGGCAUCAUAAUGAAUAGGGUUUCGAAAUUAUCACCAA